AUGGCCCGGCAUCGAGGCUUCUGGCGGCCGUCGAUCGUCUUUACCAGCUCAAUCCUGUUCCGGCUUGCGCUGUUGUUCUACGGCCGAUAUCAGGACUCCCACAGCGCGAUGAAAUACACUGACAUCGACUACUUGGUCUUCACUGAUGCUGCUCGCUAUGUCGCACAUGGACGCUCUCCCUACGACCGCGCGACCUACAGGUACACCCCGCUGCUGGCAUGGAUCUUACUCCCGACGACUUGGGGAGGCUUGUGGUUCGAGUUCGGCAAGGCACUGUUUGCUGCUGGCGAUGUUGUUGCGGGAUGGCUGAUCUUCCGCAUACUGAGAACAGAUGGUAUGCCCGUGGGGCGUGCGCUGAAGUUCGCUAGCAUUUGGCUGCUGAAUCCGAUGGUGGCAAACAUCAGCACGCGAGGAAGCUCCGAAGGACUCCUUGCCGUGCUAGUGGUUGCACUCUUAUGGGCAGUCAAGAGCAGACGCGUCAUCGUGGGCGGCUGCUUGUUGGGCCUUGGAGUACACUUCAAGAUCUACCCGUUCAUCUACGCUUUCAGUAUUGCCUGGUAUCUUGACGGCAGUAACGACAGAACGGAGUCGACAGAGCGUUCAGUGGCUGGCAGCGUUCUGAGCCUCAUCAAUCGAGACCGUAUUAGCUUAGCUGUAUCAAGCUUGACCACGUUCAUGGGUCUCAAUGCCAUCAUGUAUCAUGAAUAUGGCCGCCCUUUUCUGGAACACAGCUACACAUAUCACCUUACGCGGAUUGACCACAGGCACAACUUCUCGGUGUACUCGACUAUACUCCAUCUGAGCUCACUGGAAUCUCUGGAUAAUGGCUUUCAGGCAGAAUCUCUCGCGUUUGUACCACAGCUUCUGCUUGCAGUAAUCGCCAUCCCGCUUGCUCUGGCUAAGACCGACCUUGCGACGACGAUGCUCGCACAGACCUUCGCCUUCGUCACGUUCAACAAAGUCUGUACCAGCCAGGUACGUUGGGUUAUUUCGCACGAUGGAGCUGAGCUAAUUGUCCGAGUAGUACUUUCUAUGGUACAUGGUGUUCCUGCCAUUCUACCUGCCACGCUCAUCCCUUUUGAGACAGCCUGCAAACGGCCUAGUCGCACUCGCUUCCUGGGUCGUUGGUCAAGCUUUCUGGCUGCAGCAGGGGUAUCAACUUGA